AUGCAUUGUCUGUCUCCCAAGAUGGUUUGUGAGACCAAGAUCGUGGCGGAAGACCAUGACUCGAUCCCGGGCUCCAAAAAAGACACGAUCAUUGUUUCGUCCUCCCAGAUGUGGCCCACUUUGUCGGGCACCCCCUCUUCUCCCCUGAGCCCCCCCAAAGAGGAGCCCAGGCGCGACAACGUGUACAUCCGCGAAUUCCACCCCUCCGAGCAGGAGGUGGUGCGCCGCAUCUUCUACGAGGGCAUCAUGGAGCGGAUCCCCAACACGGCCUUCAGGGGGUUAAAGCAGCAGCCCCUCACUCAGCUGCUCUACGGGCUGCUGGCGGUAAUAUGCUUUGUUGUGACCAAGUCCUUCCUGCUGACCUGCUGUUUGCCCAUCUUUCUGAUGGGCAUGAGGUACUACUUCAGUAGAAAAGUUAUCCUCCACUAUCUCGAUUGUGCGCUGCAUACGGACAUGUCCGAUAUUGAGCAAUAUUACAUGAAACCGCCAGGCUCCUGCUUCUGGGUGGCCGUCCUGGACGGCAACGUGGUGGGGAUCGUGGCGGCGCGGGGCAACGAGGAGGACAACACGGUGGAGCUGCGCCGCAUGUCCGUUGACUCCAACUACCGCGGCAAGGGGAUCGCCAAGGCCCUGGGCCGCAAAGUGCUGGAGUUUGCCGUGCUCAACAACUACUCUUCCGUCGUACUGGGGACCACGGCCGUGAAGAUGGCGGCCCACAAGCUGUACGAGUCCUUGGGCUUCAAGCACGUGGGAGUGGUUGAACAUUACGCCCUGCCGGGGAUGACGCACUCCUUGCUGGAGAGAAUGUUCUUCCAGCUUCGCUACCACCGCUACCGCCUGCAGCUGCGCGAAGAAUAA